AUGCCGGCCAAGAGCGUACUAAUCCUCGGAGGGAACGGCAAGAUCUCAAAAUUGCUCACUCCCAUUCUGCUGAACAAGGGAUGGAGCGUCACGAGCGUCAUCAGGAGUGAGGAUCAGGUAGCCGGCAUCAAGGCCCUUGCACCCUCCUCAGCUAGCCAGCGCCUCAAGGUCCUUGUUCACAGUGUCGAGGAUGUCAAGAGCGAAAGCGACGCCAAGUCGGUACUACAGGAGUCAAAGGCGGACUAUGUCGUGUGGUCGGCUGGUGCCGGUGGAAAAGGACCCGCAUCGCGAACAUUUGGUGUGGAUCGAGACGCAGCGAUUUACUUUAUCAAGGCAUCGGCCGCAUCAUCCACGGUCAAGCGCUUCCUGAUGAUUUCAUACCUGGGUUCGCGCCGCAGCAAACCCUCGUGGUGGGACGAAGACUCCUGGGCAGCCAUGCAAAAGGUCAACACCGAAGUGCUGCCCAAGUACUACGAGGCCAAGAUCGCAGCCGACGAGGUGCUGUACCGAGAGUCGCGCGCCCGCGGCCGGGACUUUGUCGGUAUCAACCUGCGGCCCGGGACGCUCAGCGACGAGCCGGCUGGCAAAGUCGAGCUCGGAAAGACGGCCAAGUCUACUGGCAACGUGAGCCGGGCCAGCGUGGCCGAGGUAGCGGCGGAGCUGCUGGCGUUGGACGAGGACGCGAUCGGGAACUGUUGGAUUGAUAUGAUGGACGGGCAGGACGAGAUUGCUGCUGCGGUGAGCAGGGUCGCAAAGGAAAAGGUUGAUUGCGCCGAGGAAGAGCCUGUGUUUGAGGAGAAAUAG